AUGGAAAAAGUAGCAGGUUCGCAAUUUGAUAUAAUGACUAUGGAGGAUUAUCAUGUUGUGGCAUCCAGCCUGAAGGGUACACAAUUUCACAAAUGGAUUAGAGAAGAUGCUUAUUAUUACAAAAUGCUCCAGAAUUGUCUUAUUGUUGUCGUCUGUGAUGGACAUGGAUGUACCAGAAAACAUAAUAAAAAUGAUGUUGUUGAGCUUUUGUUAAGUUCUUUAAUUAGCAGCAAUAGUGAUAAUAAAACCCUGUUAGAAAAAGAAUUGCAAAAACUCGAUGGUGAACCUGAUAAAGAUAAAAUCAAAGAAAUCAUUAAUCAUGUAUUCGAAAGUCUUGAUAAAGAUAUAGUUAAAAUGCAAAACCACUAUGAAUUUGGAGAUAUUGUAGGUACAACUGCUACAAUUGCUUUAAUCUUCAAUAAAACUACAUACGUAGUACACCGAGGGGACUCUCCUGCUUAUGUUGGUUACAAAAAUGGGGAAAUAAAUAGAAUUACUGCAGAUCAUAAUCUGGAUACUAGAAAUGAAUAUUGGAUGUUAAUGGAAGAAGUAGAGUAUCCUCACCUUUACGAUAAAAGAUAUUGGCUUGAUGAUUCUAAUGAUAAAGACGGUGGUGGAGUGAAGGUGACUACUUUUUUUGGAAAUACACAUAAUUUUACCAGCAAAAAAUUUCCUCGUGAUCCCCCUCAAGAAAGAGAAAUUAAUAGAAGAUAUUCUACUCUAUCAGGUUUUAUUGAAAUAAGCAAUGAAAACAUCGAGUUUAUUUUUGUAACCAGUGAUGGGUUCGGAGAUGUGGAAAGGUUUCUUAGAGAAUCCGUUAAGAGGUUUAGGGUAGAUGAUGAAAAGGUAACAAAAGAUGCUUGUUUCUUAAUGGGAAAAGAACAGCAAUUCGAUCUUGAUAAAGUGGAAGAUGAUGCAACUUUUAUAGCUAUCUUUUUCAAACAAAGAAAGGAUGAAGCAGUCGAAGAUUUAUAUAAAAGAAUUAAUAAAAAGGAAUUUACAGAUAAGAGUUGGUAUAAUCGACUUUAUGAUAAGGAAGAAAGAUUUACUUACUUGCCAGUAAUCAAAAGAGAGAAAUAG